GGGGAGAGUAGAAGAGCGUGCCUCGAUACGGAUACCAUGCAACUUGCAAGUACCUAGCACGAGAAAGACGGCGGCAGACAAGAGACAAGGGGUCGAGGAGACCAGGGUGUAUGUUCCAUGCCCAUGCAUAUGGUGGUUGGCGAGCUAAACUACGGUCCCGAGGGUGAGCUAGGCGUGCUAGGGAGACCUAGGGACCACGAGGAUUACGAGGGCGCGGACCAUGUUGGGAUAUUGCAUACGAUGGCGUUCGUUGGCAAGGGAGAGAAGCGUAGCCUGCGUAUUGUCUAUGCCCACUACGGAAUUCCACGCGUGCGGGAGACGGCCUUCACUCCGGCACAUGAUGGAUCACCCCAUGCAGCAUGAGGCACGCCGCACGGCGGUUUCUCAGCUAGGUACUGGCGAGCAGCAGGGUGAAGGGAUCUGGAUGGGGAAGAGGUUGGUUGGCGUUUGUAAUGAUGAACCAUGGUCCAUGGGUCAAGCGUCCGUCUCCCGGCAUGUCCAAGUGCGGCAAAGUGAGAUGCGAUAUGAGGCGGGAUCCAAGUUAACGCACAGCAUAUCGAAUCCACUGGGAGUCGCCGGCCGAACACCCUCUUGUCUCCAUGAGUGAACUUCAUUUCGGGUUGGUAUGCUUGGAGACUAAGACGGUGGGCUCAUUUUGGUUGCACAAAACGUGUCACACGGCUCCAUCUCUCUUGUCUUGGUAUCUGUAUACUGUGGUUUCGAGCGUGGUGCAGGUUGCGCUGUGGCAGACCAGAAUAGGAAACGGUGAAACGAAUGGCAGGAAAUAGACCCGUCGAAAAACGACCCUCGAUGACUCUAUCAUGGGCGGCCUUUGUCGCGAUGCAAUGUUGAAUGGCUCCGUCGCAGGGUGGCGAUAGCUGUGUUGUUGCGCUGUCGGAGCAGUGUAAGAAAUGGAUGGAUUUGAGGCCAAGAACGAGCAGAUUGGAACGCUAGGAAUAGCAACGGGGGUUCGAUUGCGGCGAUAGUGUGCACUUAGUCAGGGCCGCAAAAAAGGG